AUGGAGCUGGCGGGGGCCCUGCAGCUCGGGGAGCUGGCGGCCGCCUUCGCCGCCCUGCCCAUCUUCCCGGUCUUCGACACGGCCUAUUUCAUUGUCUCCGUCCUGUACCUCAAGUAUGAGCCAGGAGCUGUGGAAAUGUCUCGUAAGAGCCCUUUUGCCUCCUGGCUUUGUGCCAUGCUCCACUGCUUUGGAAGUUACAUACUUGCUGAUCUGUUACUCGGAGAACCACCUAUUGGUUACUUCAGCAAUAACUCCAGUGUCAUCCUGGCCACCUCAGUCUGGUAUUUGAUAUUCUUCUGUCCCAUGAACCUCUUCUACAAGUGUGUAAGCUUUCUGCCUAUGAAACUCAUCUUUGUGGCAAUGAAGGAGGUGGUCAGAGUUCGCAAAAUUGCUGCUGGGGUCCACCAUGCUCAUCACCUUUACCACCAUGGGUGGUUCAUUAUGAUGGCUACUGGAUGGGUCAAAGGUUCUGGUGUUGCCUUGAUAUCUAACUUUGAGCAGCUGCUGCGUGGGGUCUGGAAGCCAGAAACAAAUGAAAUUCUUCAUAUGUCCUUCCCUACAAAGGCCAGUCUGUAUGGCACAAUUCUCUUUGCUCUGCAACAAACUCACUGGCUCCCUAUCUCUGAAGCGAAUCUCAUCUUCUUUUUCACAAUGUUUAUGAUAGUUUGCAAAGUUUUCCUGACGGCGACUCACUCUCACACCUCACCUUUUGCUCCAGUGGAAAACUUCCUCUGCCCGGUUUUCUUUGGCUCUGUUUCCAGUGGACACACUAGUCACCAUCAUGAUCAUCACCAUGGGGCCUCCCAUGAGGUUUCCCAUCCUCCUCCUCCUCCUGCAAAGUCAAAAGAGGAGCUAAAUGAAGGCACAAGGAAACGGAAAGCGAAAAAAGCUGAAUGAAAGCAACCACACAGUAAAUAGGCCAAGAAACUUCUUCCAGAGCUGAGUCUCCGAGCCAUCUGUGACCUUCCUUAUCCUCCAGUCCUUCUCUGUCAGACUCCAGAGAAGAGGUGGAAGCCAGGACAUUGCCAGGCAGUCAUUUGUGCUCGAUGUGCUUCUGCUUGCUUCUUGGUCUCUGUCUCUCUAUUCUGAUCACGUUUUCAGGGAUUUGUGGUUCUGUGCCAGGAUAAGUGGGUGCCAGUUCCAAAGCUGUCAGUGGUUAUGAUGCAGCAUUUUUGGUUGAUGCAAAAUCUUCCGCUAUGUUUAUUUCUGAAUGGAGCCAAGUUUGUGCUCCUGCAGGGCUUAAGUUCCCUUGAGUUUUCAUGGACCUUUUUGAGCCCUACUGAAACAAACUGUUAAGACACAAUCACUGUAGAAAUUGGAUUUCAUACUCAAGGAAAUUAAAUAGUCUUGCAUGAGCCUGAGUUUAUUUAUCCUAGCUCCCACAUCUGCCAUAUCUCCAGUUAAUGUGACAUUUUAUAUGCAAUAAGGAUAGCAACUCUGGUGUCCUGGCCAAACUCUUACUUCUUUCCAAGUUCCCUCUGAUCCUGAAUGGAUAGAACAUUGUCACUUUCUUGACUAAGUCUGUGUCUGCAAGAGGUUUGAUGCUGUGAAAUGCUCGGUGUGCUAUGUAUUGGUGCUGUUACUCCUAUGAACUGUUGCAUAGCAUUGCUGCACGUUGUCACUUAUAGUGUGUUCCACCUCAGAUUUGAUCAUAGUUAACUACAGAACAAGCAUGGUUCUGAUUUGUUUGCAGUCCUGUGGGAUACAGGAAGGGUGUGUGAGUAUAAGUAAGUAUUUAUUACUAUUUAUUUAUAAUUUUCAGGGCACUGAAUUCAUGGACCUGGAAAUGGUUUUUUUUAAAAGGUUGCAUUUUUAUGUAGAGAAUUGGAUAUUUCUAAGUGUGGUCUGUGGCCACAGCUACAUGCCGGUGUGUGCUUGAAGGAUUGCUGUUGGUGUGCUGAAGAACAACCUGAACACUCUUGCAGGAUGCAUGAAGGAACAUUUCCUAUACUCUUAAAAUAGAAAGGCUGAAGAAGUGAUUUCACACCAGCUGAUUAAGACUCUUUGUAAAGAAUUGACAAAACCACACCAGAUGAAGAUAUUGAUUAUUUUUUAUAUGUCCCUUGUGGUGAAAGUACUGGUCUGUGAAAGCAGCUUGAGCCCAAUGAGUGGAAAAUCUGAAAUGCCUUGCAUGGCUCAGAGAGGAGUCUAUCAGUCUGUUCAUGUCCUGCUUUGUGAAUACUGCCUUUUAGAGUAGUUUUAAGCUGUUCUAAACUGAUUUUGUUCUUAUAAAUGUCCUCAUCCAAAGGCUGGAUCACCGUGGUGAGAAUGAUGUGCAUGGGGAUGUGGUGUUCAGUUAAGCAGCACAUUGCCAUCCCUAGCAGCAAGGUUUGUUGCUAUCAUCUUGCAACUGGGAAUAUAAACUGGAGGACUUAAGAAAAGUGUACUUUUUGUGUAUUUCCCUGUUCAAAACUAAAAUUGAAGGUUAAUUAAAAGAAAUUCUUGUAUACAACCAGAUGAAAGCCAGUGCAAAAAGCCAAAUGCUUGUGGGUUUGGGCUUUGACAGUGCCUUAAUUUUGUGAGUUUCACUCCUCUUUGGUAAAAAACAGGAAUUCUCCCUGACAAGUCACCUCUCUAGUUUGCAGACACUGGUCUGCUGAAAUCUGAUGUAUCACUAGCAUGCAGGCAACAAUGAGUGUUCUAUGAGAGGUCUGAUUCAAGGGGAAUCUUGUUUUAUAAAAGCUGUGAACAAAUAAAAAUUGUGA